AUGCCUCCUCCUGCGAGCGGCUCCGCAGGGGAGCCAGAAAGGCAGCGGCAGAAGAGCGGACACCCCCGGAGCGCGCAGCUCCCCCUCGCCCGCACCCGCGCACCUCCCCGGCUGGCCCGGCCCCCCGCACCUGUCUCUCUGCCUCCAACAGGUGCCCAGACACUGGGCAGCCCGCGGGCGCAGGCUGGGCGGCGGCGGCCGGCGAUUCCCGGAGGCGGGCGAGGACAGCAGAGUCCGGCGGUGCGCGCGGAGCGGGAGGGAGCGCGGGCUGGGGCGGGAGGCGCGGGUGAGCAGCGGCGGGAGCUGCAGCCGGCGGCGGCCGGGAGAGGCGCGGAGGGCGGGACUCCGGCUCCAGCUGGCCGCGCGCCAGGGCCCCCGAGCGCAUGGGAGCGCACACCCAGACACGUGUGCUCGCGCUCACACUCGCACGGGCGCGCGGGCUGGCUCACACUCACCAGUGCUCCAGGGUGCAAGCUCCCGCCGGUGCAUAGACACGGCAGACAUCCGGAGCACACUCACCCGCGAACUUCGCACGCACACGCUCGCCAGCACGCGGGCUCGCUGCGCCACCCUGAACCCAUCGCGGCUGUCGCCGGGUGUUUCCCAACUCCUCCCGGGGGACCUAGGCCCCCGCCCCCGCUGCGGAGAGCUCAGUGGCUCUGA